GCUCCCCGCACCUCUUCCCCCGUCUUUCCUUACUAGUAAUUCAGAGACUGAAAAGAGCCCAGCACCUUCCUUCAAGCCUUAUGGUCUGACCGGAUGCACGGCUGAGACAGAUAAGGAGAUGGCAGUGGCAAGACCUGGGACUCCCUGAUGCUGGAUUGUGAGCCUCUCAAGCGUGACAGGCCCAGCUUGAGCUGUGGGCAGCAGGGCUCAAGCCACAGCCUCCUGAGAGAGCAACCAAGCAGCCUAACCUCCGCGUGUUAUUAAUGGUGUGACAGGAUCCCCAUUGAAGAGACACUGGCCAAUCUCAUAGGGUCCAUCACUGAGCUUCAGGCUGGGCAAGGCGUGGAGGAGAGCAGCUCAACCAAAAGGUGGUGGAGAGAGCCCCACUCUUGGACUGCUCUGGUUCCUCCAAAUGCUAGCGACCAGCUCCCCCGGGCUAAAGGAGACAAGUGAGUGGGGAGCUACCUGGGAAGAGCACAAUAGGAUUGGGGGCUUGAAAAGGCCUUGGGUCCUUCUUGCCUGCUGGGAACCUGGGGUUUGGGCCCAGCUCUGGGCCAAGAGGUGAGGUGGGAGCUGAACUCCUCUAGGAAGAGUUCCCCAAAGCCAUGGGCAGGCUGUCAGGGGCUCCUGCUGUGACCCAGAAUCCCAGGGACCGUGGCAGAAAUAAGAACAAAGUGCAUCCACACACCCGCCACUCCAGGUUUGGAUCAGGACGAGGCGCCAGUAGCAAUGCUCGCCGCUUGAACUUCUAACCAUGUACGCAUACUACUGCCUGGCGCCCGGGGAGGACGCCUGGCCCCUGCUGCAACCCCUCACCUACACCUACCUGCCCACCCCUCUGCUGCUGCCCCCGAUCCAGGCCCACAACUUCUGCAGCCUACCCCUGAAACUGAGUGCGGGCGAGUGGGCGGCUCCACGGGAAUACCACUGCUUCCACGCCCCGGGUGCGCCACUGGACGUCGCGCCGCCCUUGUGGGGCUUCCCGCAGGCCUACAGCGCGGCCCUGCACCCACCGUUCCCCGCGCCCAGCUACCCGGGGCUGUCACUGCAGGCGCCCGCGGCGGCGAGACCGGCGGCGACCGAGAGCUGGGCGCCAUGGCCGGAAGGCGGCAGCCUGCAGGCUGAGCUGCGCUGGGGCCGCGUGGAGCGCGCGCUGGGGCCGCGCCUGGAGCUGCCGGCCUUCGUGCUGCGGGAGCUGCGGCGCGUGUACGGCACGUACCCGCGCACAGACGUGCGCGUCACCUACCGCGGCGGCGAGUUCCUGUUGCAGGGCGCGCCGCGUGUGCUCGAGCCCGAGUACCGCGCAGAGAGGCGCGUGCUGCGCCCGCCCGCCAGCAGCGGGAGCGGUGACAACAGCCCCACCCGGGAAGCGGCGGAGCGCGGCCGCCGGAGGAAGAGGAAAGGCCUGAGUUGAGGGCGACUCGAGGCCCUGCGGCCGGGCCGGGGUGAGCACGCGCACCGCUCUCCUCCUGCCGCUGCAGCUGUAUGCUGGGGCGGGGUGCGACUGUCGCCUUUUUUUUUUUUAAAACACCGCCCGCCUCCUUGAUUUCUCUCGGGUUAUCACUGGGGUGGUGGGGAAAGGGCGAGAAGGGAUCGAAGACAUCUCUGGGUGGGUGUCCUAUGCCUCCUUCCUUCUGCUUGGGCUUGGGAAACCUGAGCGUGCGGUGGAAGAAGGGCCUGGACUCUGUUUCCUCUCUCCGUCCUUCCCCUUCCCGUCUUCUUCUUCCCAUCUUCUUCCCCUUUGAAACCCGACCUGCAGUAAGCCCUCACUUUCCCUUUAUCCUCUCCUCCCUCCAGCAAAAGCUCCCCGAACUCCCCAAGCUGAGGGCCCGCCUAUCCCUGCUUGUAAUGAAAAGUAAAUAAAUAAAUGAGUGAAGUCCA